AAAUAACAACAAGAAAAUCUCUGGCAAAACUCCCAUCAUUUUUCAUCUCAAUUUCUAUGCUAAUUUAAUUUUGCCAUCAUCAUUAUUAAAGAUCAGUUCCAUUCUUUUUUCCCCACCCGACUUUACCCAAUUUCUUGAAUAGUAUCAUCUUCAGAUCUCUCACCGGUUCCUCACUUUCAUGCCCUAAUUACACAGAUUUGUAGGGCAAGUUCUCGAAGGGGGAGUAGGAAUGGAGUGGGGAACGGUACAGCAUUUGGAUCUUCGUCAUGUUGAUCGUGGACUCAAACCUUUACAACCUCAUGCUGCUGCAUUUCAUCCUACUCAAGCACUUAUUGCUGCUGCCAUUGGAAACUAUUUAAUUGAAUUUGAUGCACUUACUGGAAGUAAGAUUUCUACAAUUGACAUUGGUGCGCCUGUUGUACGUAUGUUAUAUAGUCCUACAACUGGGCAUUCUGUAAUUGCUAUACUCGAGGACUGUACAAUUCGGUCAUGUGACUUUGACACUGAGCAGACUUGUGUUUUACAUUCACCUGAAAAGAAGUCAGAACGCAUUUCUUCUGAUACAGAAGUCCAUCUUGCCUUAACACCUCUCCAACCCGUUGUAUUCUUUGGUUUCCACAAAAGGAUGAGUGUAACAGUUGUUGGAACUGUUGAAGGAGGAAGACCACCAACCAAAAUUAAGACAGAUUUAAAAAAACCAGUUGUCAAUCUUGCUUGUCAUCCCCGACUUCCUGUUCUGUAUGUUGCUUAUGCAGAUGGUUUGAUACGAGCUUACAACAUCCAUACAUAUGCUGUUCAUUACACCCUGCAACUUGAUAAUACUAUUAAGCUUAUUGGUGCUGGCGCAUUUGCUUUUCACCCAACCUUGGAGUGGAUUUUUGUUGGUGAUAGACGUGGUACCCUUUUGGCAUGGGAUGUUUCCACAGAGAGACCAAAUAUGAUUGGGAUUACACAGGUGGGUUCACAGCCAAUCUCAUCAGUUGCAUGGCUUCCUAUGUGCCGGCUAUUAGUCACACUUUCCAAGGAUGGAACACUUCAAGUUUGGAAAACACGAGUUAUAAUUAAUCCGAAUAGGCCACCUGUGCAAGCAAGCUUUUUCGAGCCUGCUGUCAUUGAGUCGAUUGACAUCACUAAGAUACUGUCUCAGCAUGGGGGAGAAGCCGUAUAUCCAUUACCACGAAUCAGAAAUAUAGUAGUUCAUCCCAAAUUGAAUUUAGCAGCAUUACUGUUUGCACAUGUAGGUUCAGACAUGCCAAAAAAUAGGGCAGCAUACACUAGAGAAGGCCGUAAGCAGCUUUUCGCAGUUCUUCAGAACGCAAGGGGAUCAUCAGCUUCUGCUUUGAAGGAAAAGCUUUCAUUGUUAGGUUCUUCUGGAGUUUUAGCUGACCAUCAGCUUCAGGUUCAGCUUCAGGAACAUCAUUCAAAGGGCCAAAGUCAGCUUACUACAUCUGAUAUUGCGCGGAAGGCGUUUCUUCACAGUCAUUUCAUGGAAGGUCACUCCAAAAGUGCUCCAAUAUCUCGGUUGCCUCUCAUCACUGUAGUGGAUUCUAACCAUCAUCUCAAGGACAUCCCUGUCUGUCAGCCAUUUCAGUUGGAGCUCAAUUUUUUUAAUAAAGAGAACAGGGUUCUUCACUACCCAGUAAGGGCGUUUUAUGUAGAUGGAGUCAACCUUAUGGCACAUAACCUUUCCACUGGAGCUGAUAACAUAUACAAGAAGCUCUACCCCUCGAUUCCAGGGCAUAUAGAGUGCUACUCAAAGACCAUUCACUACAGUAUUAAACAGCACCUAUUUCUUGUUGUCUUUGAGUUCAGUGGUGGUACUAAGGAUGUUGUAGUUUAUUGGGAAAAGACUAAUUUCCAUUCAGCUACUAGUAAAGAAAGUACCAUUAAAGGUCGAGAUGCAGCAUUUAUUGGCCCUAAUGAAAACCAGUUUGCCAUCCUGGACGAUGAGAAAACUGGUCUAAAUUUGUAUAUCCUGCCAGGGGCUCAGAAGGAAGCUGUUGGCAAAAAUGAAGUUCCUAAUGUUGAUGCUUCUGCGGAUGUUAACACUUCUGCUGAUGUUGAUGGUGGUUCAAUCCGGGGACCGGUUCAGUUCACCUUUGAAACUGAAGUUGAUCGCAUCUUUUCUGCACCAAUAGAAUCAACUAUCAUUUAUGCAAUUCAUGGGAAUCAUAUUGGUUUGGCAAAGCUUAUCCAGGGAUAUCUUUUGUCAACUAAUGAUGGCCAACAAGGACCAGCAAAAGCGGAAGGGAAAAAAUUAAUCAAAUUGAAAGUGGAUGAGAUCGUAUUGAAGAUUCAAUGGCAAGAAACUCUUAGAGGUUAUGUUGCAGGACUAUUGACGAGCCACAGGGUGCUGAUUGUUUCGGCAGAUCUGCAAAUACUGGCAACCACUUCUGCGAAAUUCGAGAAGGGAAUGCCUCCAUUUAGAUCCCUUUUAUGGGUUGGGCCCACACUUCUUUUUUCAACUUCAACUGCCAUUAGUGUGCUUGGCUGGGAUAGCAAAGUCAGGACGGUUCUCUCUAUCAGCAUGCCAUACUCAGUGUUAGUCGGUGCUUUGAACGAUCGUAUACUGCUUGCUAACCCAACAGAUAUAAAUCCCAGACAAAAGAAAGGGAUCGAGAUAAGGAGCUGUCUUGUUGGGCUUCUUGAACCUCUUCUUAUUGGAUUUUCCACAAUGCAGCAGUACUUUGAGCAAAAGCUUGAUUUAUCUGAGAUCCUUUACCAGAUAACAUCUAGGUUUGACAGUUUGCGCAUUACUCCAAGGUCCCUUGAUAUUCUUACCGGAGGUUCUCCUGUUUGUGGAGAUCUUGCAGUGUCAUUGUCCCAAUCAGGACCGCAGUUUACUCAGGUUUUGCGGUGCAUCUACGCAAUCAAAGCUCUCCGUUUUUCUACUGCUUUGUCAGUAUUGAAAGAUGAGUUCUUGCGAUCAAGAGAUUAUCCACAAUGCCCUCCAACAUCCCAUUUGUUCCACCGCUUUCGCCAGUUGGGAUAUGCCUGUAUCAAAUAUGGUCAGUUCGACAGUGCGAAAGAAACAUUUGAAGUUAUUGCGGAUUUUGAAAGUAUGCUUGACUUAUUUAUAUGCCACCUGAAUCCUAGCGCCAUGAGGCGUCUUGCUCAGAAGUUGGAAGAUGCCGGAACCGAUUCAGAACUAAGGCGAUACUGUGAAAGGAUUUUAAGAGUUCGUUCAACAGGAUGGACACAAGGUAUUUUUGCCAAUUUUGCCGCUGAAAGUAUGGUUCCCAAAGGCCCUGAGUGGGGAGGGGGAAACUGGGAAAUCAAGACACCUACAGAAACAAAGGGCAUACCACAGUGGGAAUUGGCAGCAGAGGUGACGCCAUAUAUGAAGACUGAUGAUGGUCCCAUCCCAGCCGUCGUCGUGGACCACAUUGGCGUGUACUUGGGUGUAAUUAAAGGAAGGGGAAAUGUGAUAGAAGUAAGGGAGGAUAGUUUAGUUAAAGCUUUUACUGCAGCAGGAGCUGACAUAAAGACAAAUGGUAUUCAAGCAUCUGCAGCUAAUCUUAUAUCGGAUAAGCCGAACGGAGUUGGUGGUAGUAACACUAUGAACUUAGCAGGUCUCGAAACACUGGGUAAAGCAGGUCCAACUGCUGCUGAUGAACAGGCAAGAGCAGAAGAGGAAUUUAAAAGAUCACUCUAUGGUGCUGCUGGGGGUGAUAGCAGCAGCGAUGAAGAUGGAGUAUCAAAGACCAAAAAGAUACGCAUAAGAAUACGAGAUAAACCGGCUGCAGCUACGGCGGUUGAUGUUAAUAAGAUCAAAGAAGCAACGAGGCAAUUUAAACUUGGCGAGGGGUUAGGCCCACCAAUGAGUAGGACAAAGUCGUUAUCUGGAGGAUCUCCAGAUCUUUCACAGAUGUCCCAACCAGGUCUUCCAGCCACAACAAACAUGACAACACCUGGAUUUUCGGCUCCUCCUGGUGAUAUGUUUGGAACCAACACUUUGGCACUACCUGCACCACCAGGGGCAACUGCACCUGGCCCUGGAACACCAGCGCCUAUCCCUGAGGAUUUUUUCCAAAAUACCAUAUCGUCCUUCCAGGUUGCAGCUUCUUUACCUCCUCCUGGAAGGUAUACCUCAAUGGAUCAGAGUUCUCAAGGGGUUAAUGGUAACCAGACAACUUCGAACCAGGCUAAUGUGGCAUCUGAUAUCGGUCUCUCCGGAGGUGGUGUUCCACCUCAACAACCUCAACAACCGACUAUCCCCAUGGAGUCCAUUGGACUUCCUGAUGGUGGUGUCCCACCCCAACAACCUAUGGGUCCUGUUGGUGUGCCUACGGUGCCACAGGCUCAGUUGUCUCAGGCAACGUCACAACCCAUCGAUCUGAGCUCACUUGAAGGUCCUAGUGCUGUUAACACUGGAAAGCCUCCAGCACCUGCUUCACCGCCGUCAACUGUGCGCCUUGGACAGGUUCCCCGUGGAGCAGGUGCUGCAAUGUGUUACAAAACCGGACUUGUUCAUUUGGAGCAGAAUCAACUUUCAGAUGCAUUAUCCUGUUUCGAUGAAGCUUUCCUGGCUCUGGCAAAAGACCAGUCUCGUGGAGCUGACAUCAAAGCUCAAGCCACAAUCUGUGCUCAAUACAAAAUUGCAGUUGCAUUACUUCAGGAAAUUGGACGGCUGCAAAAGGUUCAAGGCACCAGUGCAGCAAUUAGUGCUAAAGAUGAGAUGGGAAGGCUUUCCCGUCAUCUGGGUUCUUUGCCUCUCCAAGCAAAACAUCGAAUAAGCUGCAUCAGAACCGCCAUCAAACGGAACAUGGAGGUGCAGAACUAUUCUUACGCCAAGCAGAUGCUCGAUCUUCUCCUUUCUAAAGCACCUCCUAGCAAACAAGAUGAAUUGAGAAGCUUGAUCGACAUGUGUGUCCAAAGGGGAUUGACUAACAAGUCUAUCGAUCCACUAGAAGAUCCUUCGCAGUUCUGUGCUGCCACACUCAGCCGCCUUUCCACCAUUGGGUAUGAUGUUUGUGAUCUUUGUGGAGCAAAAUUCUCUGCUCUAACGGCUCCUGGAUGCAUCAUAUGUGGUAUGGGAAGCAUUAAAAGAUCCGAUGUAGUUGUUGGGCCUAUUGCUGCUACUCCAUUUGGAUGAGUCGAAGUUGUAUUAUAUGUUGAUUUUGUGUUCAUAAAGGAGGUUUUCAUUUUCUUUCUUCUUUGUAGGUCUCUUUAUCUAUGUAUUUCUCUCAUAUUUUUUCUUCUUUUGCUCGCAAGUUGCUAAGAUUAGCUAAUGUUGAGGCGUUCCAUAGAUAUAUAUUCCGUCUUUGUUUGUAAUUUUCUGUAGUUCCUUUGUCAAAGGGAUUAUAAACACUUGUACCAAAGAGUAAUUGAUUUUAAUGAAUAGAGCGAGGUGUGACGAAAUGGUUAUGUA